UGGUCACUUUAAGGAGGGCUGUCCUAAAACCUGGAGCCUGUUGCCGAAAGUGAAACCUUAGUGGUUCAGACAAAGAUCAUGGUUGGGACUAGCUGGCCACAGAUGAAGCCUCAGACCAGAAACACGGUGGCACGAAUGGAUCCAGACACAUUCUUCUACAACUUUUAUAAUAGACCCAUCCUUUCUCAUCGGAACACCGUCUGGCUGUGCUACGAAGUGAAAAUGAAAACAAACGACCGCUCGAGGCCCCCUUUGGUUGCAAAGAUCUUGCAAGGCCAGGUCUAUUCAAAGCCUCAACACCACCCAGAGAUGAGAUUCCUCCAUUGGUUCCGAAAGUGGAAGCUGCAUAGUGACCAGGAAUACGAGGUCACCUGGUUUGUGUCCUGGAGCCCCUGCCCAGUGUGUGCAAGGAAUGUGGCCGAGUUCCUGACUGAGGAUGGGAAGGUCACUCUGACCAUCUUUGUGGCCCGCCUCUACUACUUCUGGAUCCCACAUUACCGGGAGGAGCUUCGCAGACUGUGUCAGAGAAGAGACAGUCCACAUGCCACCAUGAAGAUCAUGAGUUAUGGCGAAUUUCAACACUGUUGGGACAAGUUCGUGGACAACCAAAGAUUGUAUAAGCCUUGGAAUAAGCUGCCUAAACAUUAUACAUUACUGCACAUCACGCUGGGGGAGGUUCUCGGACACCUGAUGGAUCCAGACACAUUCACUUACAACUUUACCAAUGACCCUUCGGUCCUUGGACGGCACCAGACCUACCUGUGUUACGAGGUGGAGCACCUGCACAGUGGCACCUGGGUCCCGCUGCACCAGCACAGGGGCUUCAUACUCAACGAGGCUUCAAAUAGUCUCAGUUUCCCUGAAGGCCGCCAUGCAGAGCUGUGCCUCCUGGACCUGAUUUCCUUUUGGAAGCUGGACCUGGCCCAGUGCCUCAGGGUCACCUGCUUCAUCUCCUGGAGCCCCUGCUUCUGCUGUGCCGAGAAGGUGGCUGAAUUCCUUCAAGAGAACCCACACGUGAACCUGCGCAUCUUCGCUGCCCGCAUUUAUGAUUAUCGCCCAGGAUAUGAGGAGGGGCUGCGCAGGCUGAGCUGGGCUGUGGCCCCAAUUUCCAUGAUGAAAUACAGUGAGUUUAGGCACUGCUGGGACACCUUUGUGGAUCACCACAGACGCCGCUUCAAGCCCUGGGAGGGCCUAGAUGAGCACAGCCAAGCCCUGAGUGGGAGGCUGCAGGCCAUUCUCCAGGGAAACUGAUGAAUGAUCCUCAGUCUCUAAGGAAGGCAGAGACCUGGGCUGAGCAGCGGAAUAAAAGAUCUUCUUCCAAGAAAUGCAACCGGGCUGUUCACCGCCAGCUGCAGCUGAUCACAGAUGCCAGCAAAGCAAUUCACUCCUGACAAGUAGAUUAUUUUAAAAAUUAGAGUGUGUAAGGUUAGUGUAGUCAAAGGAGAAAAGACCCUAAGUCAGGCGAGCAUGUUUUAUUAACCGGCCGGGCUGCCCCACAACAGUCGGAGGAGGCAGCCCCGAGCUUAUAAAACGAGGGGUUUAUAUGGGGUGAGAGGAGCAUAAGGGAGUUUCGGGACUGAGAUAAUCUAUCCGCUUGUAACAGGCAGAGAUAUUUUGUUAACUUGUGACCUACUUACAAUACAUCAUCCUGUGACUUUUGUGGGGGCAGUUUUUUAAAAAAUCAGGGUUUUACAGAUAUGUUUUAAGCAGGAAUUUACAAGUGUGGAUAGCAAACACUGGUUUUCCCCUGUCCUCUCCCAAGCUGCCCGGAUGGCUGUAAUCAGGCUUUGCAGCCUUGACCUGGCACCCGGAUAGGAGUUCAGAAAUGCAGCUGCGGAGCACCAGAGUGUGCAGGGCUCAGCUUUCGUGGAGGGGGUUUCUGAGGCAGCUUGUCCCUAACAGGGAGAAUUACUUUUAAUCAAAAAUGUAUGCGAUAUUUCAGGAAUACAGUAGUGAGACUGCUCAGAAAGGUUUCAAACCUACUCAUCUGGUGAUGAAUUGAAUUGGCUUCAUGUUAAAACGUGUGCUCUGAAUGAGGAGACCCCUAAACAGGCUUUGUGUGAGCAACAUGGCUGUUUAUUCGUCUGGGUGUGGACGGGCUGAGGCCGAACAUGGAGUCAGCAAAGGGCAGUGGGAUAGGAGUUGAUUUUAUAGGUUGUGGGGAAAGUUACAAAAAAGGCAGUGGAAAGUUACAAAAGUUACUUUAGGGAUGUUUUUUGAAAGUUGGGAGGGGGUCAUAGGUUUGCAAGCUGGGAGGGGGUUGUAGGGUGUGGAGUCAAGGUCGGUUACAAAGUCCGCUGGCUUUGUCAAUUGAGGCGGGAGUAAGAAACAAUAGAAUAAUGUCUCAGGGUAGUUAUGCGCAGCAGGGGUUAGGCGUUGAUGGUUUCUUACAGGGACUCACCGGGGUGUGCGUGCAGAUCACAGAGGUGAUCCUGCUGUUCAUGGCCCGGCCUUAAACUUUAUGUAAAAGAAUAAAAUGAAAUACUAAUUUUUU